UUCGGAUGGUGCGCUACUAACUAGGCACUGACUUGUGUAACCAUAAUUCUUAGUAGAUUAUGAGUCAUUGUUUUGCUAAAUCGAGAAUAUCAAUAUACUUAUUUGUAGUAACAAAUAGUGUGUUGUUCCUGGAGGGAAAAAAGUGAUCAAGAAAACUUUAAAAUUUUAUGGUUUAGUUAUGUUCAUGUAAUAACCAGCUCUAUUAUGCGGUUUGAAUAUGUAACAUAUAAGCUAUCUGCUUCUGGUUCCGAUUCCAAGAUUGUUUUAACCUUAGCCCUUCUCACUCAUACUAAUCUGCAUGUUCGUGUAGAACCGGAGUUACCUUCUGGAUAGACGCAAGCUGCUACGGAAUCUUUGAAAUGGCGUACAGAGAAGUUCUCCAUUCUUCUUCUGAAGAUGAAUCUAGCAGCAAUGAUGACAUUUGUUGGAAACGAAGAAAAUCAGAUAUUCGAGCCUCACCAAUGAAAGAGGAUUUCAGUGUAAAUAUCCCAAAGAAACCAUAUAGAAAAAAUCGCAACUGUGUUUGGGUAAAUGUUAUCAACGAAUACAAAUUGGAUGAUGCUUUGUCAGUAGCUCAUGUUCAUGAGAAAUGUGACUCUAGCAGGGGUGUUGAAAGCUAUUUGGUUAAUACAGAUACUGAUGAUGAACGGAAGACUAUUGAAGUAUGCACGCAACCAGAGUUGUCUACUAGAAUAUUAAAAAAAUCAGAUCGCUCUAUCAAGCAACGGCUUGGACCACUUCUAUGGGACCAGGAAGUAUCUAGAUCACAUAUUGAUGUUACUUUCGACAGUCCACCCGAUCUUGUCGCUGAAACUAUCACUAAUCUACUAAAAGAACCAAACGAGGAUUUAAUAAAGCGAACUGUUGAUAUUUUGGGUGUUCAGCGAGCUCUCGAAUUUUACUACCUUACGGAAGAUAUCGAGAACAAUGGUGGUCUCUACUUAAUGGAUGGGUCUCGAAGACGAUCACCUGGUGGUGUUUAUCUUAAUCUAAUCAAACAUUCCUAUUCAGUAAAAAAAGAAGAAAAGAAGUUGAUCUUUCUAAUUGACAGACAAAUGAAGGAUAAGUUGAAAAGAGCUCGCAGGAAUUCUCGUCGUGUAAGAAAAUAUGAAGAGUCAGACAUUGUAUGCGAACUUCCAAGCAAUCCAGCGAAAUCAGUCGAAUCCGAUUGUCCUUCUCCUUUAGAUAUUCACAGUUCUCAAGAACCAGUUAUUUUGGAAGGUGAAAUUUCACAACCUGCUUCUCCUGUAAUUACAAUGGAUACAACGUGUGCAAGUCCGUGUGUAAAAUCACCCGAAGAUAAUGAAAGUAUGGAAGAAGGUGAAUUGCCUCCUAGUGAUGACGAUAUCUAAAUCUUUGUAUAAAAUCCUUUCCCUCUGAUGCUAUUCCAGUUUUGAAAUAAAUAAAUAAUAUACAGUUUUAAAAUAAGUUAA